AUGAAGAAGACCGCCCCGGGCAGCGCAGAGAGACAACUCCGUCUCCCUCGUCAGCAGCCCAGCAGUCCCUGUCGUAUUCUCCCCUCCCCCCUAUCCAUCAUCCCAUCCGCCUGCGCUGGUUGUCUCGCUGCUGCUGCUGCUGCUGCUGCUGCUGCUGUAUCUCCUUCGCGGGCCAACUCAUCAACCGCUAACUCACUAACCAGACCAAAAAACCACCCCACGCUGGGAACCAACUUCCAGCCACUUUCUGUCUCUCCGUCUCUUCGCUCGCCCGUCGGUUCUGCUGCUACUACUUCACUCCCUCAGGCUUCGAGCGACCAUCUCGAGCCAUGCGAUAGUCUGCGUGGGUUCUGCUCUGUUCGCUCUGUCAGCUUGGGCGCUCGGGACUGCGACGGUCUCGAGAUCGAUGGCCCUGUCCUCGCCCAUGGAAAUAUGAUCAGCUUUCAACACGCCUGUCUCCCUUCGGUUCUGGCGUAUGCUGCUGCUACCGCUCUCCCUCCAUCGCCAUCUAGUUCUCCGCCUAGAUGCUAUACCCCUACGAUCACACCGCCAACAACAACAAGUACGACAACAAAAACAACAACAGCACACCCUACUGCCGACGCCGCAGAGAACGACACGCCGGAUCCCCCCCGGUCAGAGCAUGCUACGCCCCAGUCCGCUCGACGGGAAGACGACGGCUCCGCUGCCCGCGAUGUUGCCCCAGAGCCUAAGGCGCCGGUUGAUCCACUGGUUGCUGGUGUAAGUGCCCGCCUGGAACCCCUGGGACGUGAACCAAAAACCAAGGAGCAAGAGCAGAAGGAGCCCGAAUCCGCACCUGAGGCCGCCGUCAAGGAUGAGAAGAAAGCUGAGUGCUCGUUGAAGAUGGCUCCCGAACCCAUGAUAUCGGUCUCCCAGUUUGCCCACCAGUUCUAUCUGCAGAGGUAUCAGGAGGCCCAGAGACGUGCCAGCCUUCUCAGGAUCAGUGACCUCCACGUUUCCGUCCAUUACUCUGCUAGGUUGCUCCGUGUUGCUGCCGUAUCGCACAAGGGUCUAGUCGACAGCCUUCGACUUGGAGACAAGUCCGCAUUUGCCUCGGUCUACAACGCCGUCCAUGAGAUCCGCGAGGUUUGUGAAUCUGCCGUUCGUCGCAGCAUUCUCGACCAUGACCCUUUGAUUGGGACUGGCGCCCUAAAGGGCAGACCACAUACAUUCCUCCAUAGACUCUCCGCCGCGUCAAGGGCAGACCUGCUCGAGAUUUUGACCCUUGUCCGUACUGAUUCACAGUUUCUAUUCGAGUGUAUCAGCAACUUGACUCCCUCCCAGCUCUCUGCUCUCGUCAGCCCCGUCCAUGCACUGGAAAUUAGUAGUCCUUCUGAUGCUAGAGGUAGAAGCCAGCCUUCAUCCUCUUCCUCGUCCUUUUACAAGCGAGGUGCUACUCAUUCCCCUGCUUUCAAAGACUAUGCUUUUUCCUUUGAGCGUACUGACCCGCUCUUUGCGCUUCUGUUUAACGUUUAUUCCACCACUUUGGACCCCGAUUCAUCGGAAGCCCAACUGCGCCUAGACGUUUGGUCCUCGACUUGCGCCAAACUGAUCUCCCACGGAGGCAGUGGAAUGUAUACCUUUGUUGGUCAUCUCCUCAAUAUUUGGUCCGGACUCGGUGAAUGGAAGGCCAAAGCCAAGUUCGAAAUGUAUCUCAUGGACAUACUACAGAAUGGAGCUUUUCUUCUCGAGUCUAACUCCAGACACUCGGAUAUGGAUGGCGAUGCCUUUGAUCCCAUGAAAACAGAUGUUGCUGAGCAGUUUUUCAGAACAUCUGUCCAAGCACUGUUUGAAGUUCUCGAUGAUUCGGACGGCGGGUUCCCAGCCAGGUCCCUUGAGUUUGGAAGAGCCAUCAUUGAGAAGCUCGGCGUAUCAGACACUUGCCGACGGUUUUUAGGCUACGUUUUCUACCAGUGGUUCUUUGGCAAAUUUGUUCACAGCGCCAUGUGCUUCCCUGAGAGCCAUGGCCUUCUGCUUGACUUCCAUGUCACCAAGGACGCCCGGGAACGGCUCCUUGGACACAUCGCUCUUUACGCCCAACGUCAGGUUUCCCACAUUCUCCAGUCGCUCCCGCCAUUCUCCUACAUCAUUCCUAAGAUCAAGACGCAUGUAGACCGCAUGCUCUCUACACUCAUCGAUCCGGUCAAACAUACCCCUGAUACCACCCCGUUAUCCUCUCAUCCGGACUCUAGCUUGGCCCAAAGCUCCAUGGAACAGAAUAAUGCAGGCUCAGUUAUUCUUCUUUCCUCGAGUGAUAUGCUAACCAUACUGGAUGUCUUCUUCCCCAAGCCCCCCAUUUCCGGCUCCCCCGACUUAUUUUCCCAGCAAACUUCAUUCCCUUCCUCACCAGCAUCAACCUUCUUCCCGCGAUCGGGCCAACCACAUCAGUCUUAUGAACCAGGUCUCUUCCAAGGAAGGCUCGACACCCAUUCAUAUAACCCACCUACCGCUAAAACCAUGUUCACCACCGAGAUAAGUUUCCAGGAUGUCACAAAAUCCUACUUUGUACGACCCAGCAAACCGUUAACACCGGAGUCGCCCAAGAACCCCCAGAUCCGCAAGGCGGAUCGCAUCCGCGAUGAGAUUUUAGAGAUUCGAGAGUCAGAGGAUCGACCAACGCUAGACCACCCUGCAAACGAGGAUUGGGCGAUGCUCUCUGUCAGCGGCAGGAAGCCGGUAGGUCUGUAUGCAACCGAUACCGAACAGUCUAGCCAUCAGAGCCCUGCCUCUAGAACCGAGCUGCUCCGCAACCAGGACAAAAUCGAGGCUGCCGUUGUGAAGAUUGUUCACGAGUUUGAUUUCCCCCAAAACCAAGCCUUUGGCCAAUCGUCAGCACCGCCCACUGCGAAUGGUGAACUCAGCCUGAAGAAAUGGUUCCUUCAUGCAAUGGGAAUGUGCCAGCGAAAGUCUGACUUUUCUGGUGCCCAUUUCUGGUGGGAAGCCUCCCUUGCUUUGCGUGACGCAUACGCGGAAUUAGGGCAGUCUGUGGCAGACACCAAGUACCUCAGUCCCAUGUAUCGCUCCGUUACACAAUCGGCAGACCUGGACUCGAACAUGAUUCAACGUUGUGAACAAUCAUUUAUUGACCUUAAGAGAAAGAUGGAUCUUCUUCAGUCCCAGGUUAAUAAGACCAUGGGCAUCAUGGCACAGCUCCGAAACAAGAUGUGGUAUAUGACCGACGUCAAGAAUUCGCUCCGCUACGAGGAUGCAAAGAAUGUGGCUUUGGCUCUGAAAAACAUGGCCCUUGCUCAGGCUACGCAACCAGCCGCGGAAUCCAGAUCGAGGGCGGGAGCUCGAACUCUCGGUGGAUCUUUCCUGCAAAAGCCCGAAAUACAGGUCAUGAACGUGAUGCGAGCUGCAAAAAGCCAAGGAGGCCCCUUCAAGCUAGCCGAUGAACAGGUAGAAAUUACUCGGAAAUGGCUCCAGCGCUUUGGAAUAGAUAAUUUCUGCCGAGGCGAAGAACGAAUUCACCGGUUCUGCUAUGAGGUGAAAACUAGCGUAAACAAACUCGCUGGUGAGACCAUGUACGAUACCCCUGUCCUCUGGUCCAGUGAGCUUUUCCAGAGAGAACGAUCAACAUAUGAUACUCCUGGUACGCGGCCGAUGAGCGGAAGUGUGCGUCCGUCAAGCAUCGCAAGUGAAGAUUCAUUGGGGAAUCCUAUGCAGCCUCCUGCUAUACGAUCCCUAGAUCAAUUAUUCCGGCCUCCAAAUGACCUGCCGAUGCCUCCACUUGUUCGGAAGUCAUCCUUCCAGAGCGUUACUUCCGAUAAGUGGCAGACCAACGGAAACGCAUCUUCUAUUAGCGACUCCCCUGGUAAAACUGUAUCGACUGCUACUACUGAUUCAAUUUACCCCUACUGGUCCCCAAUGCAGACCCAAACUCAGUCUAUAACGAGUGCCUCCAGCCUUCGGUCUCGACCUCCGUCUAUGUUCAGCGAUAAUAUGUCUUACAGGCGUACCGAACAUAGCUCUCAUGGCAAACAUACUUUCCUUGACGGCCUCAAGCGAAAUUUAACCAGCCUACUGCUAAGCGACCUCGGCUGUCCCGUUUGGAGCUGCGGAUCGGAAACCGACGCCUGGUUCUCUGUCUACUUGAAUCAACCUCGAGUACAGAGCCAGAUGGAGAAACGUACACGGCUUGACAGGUUCCUAUCGCAAUGCUCAACUUCACUGAUGGAAGAAAUCCGCGAACGUGACGUUACUGGUGGAAGGCUUCGUCGAAGUCGUUCUACUCCGUCUCUGGGAUGCAAGGGGCAUUCAACCCAGAAAUCCAAGGAGAAAAGCAUCAUCAGGGGAGAAGUGGAUGGCGACUACAGCUUCGGAUACGAGGAGGCAUUUGAGCAGCUGAUGGACAAGUUCUCCCGUCCAGCCAAUCCGUACGUGAAGCUGGAAGCACUGCACGAGAUGUGGACUCUGGUAGCGACAUCUUUGAGCAGUAGCAGAGACACUCCUUCGCUGAGUGAAGCGCGAUUACGCCAUUCGAUGGAUGGAAUCCACAGACGUAACAGCCUCCAGACCCGUCAGCAACGACGCAAGUCCAGCGAUGACCAGACUCCCACGCCCUCCUCGCCUGGCCUUAGCCCUGCUGAAGCUCCUUCAGGCCUCUCGAUAGAUGCAGCGAUGAAUGAGACACAAAUUACAAACACACUGCGAGAUCUUAUCCAGAAGUAUCAGCCCCGAACCCUCUUCCGAGACUUGCAGUUCAUCUCUUCCUUCGUUCCGUCCGACAUCCUCAACAAAACCGAAAGCGGGACUGCGUUCCUGCAGUUCAGUCUUGCCGCUCUCAAGCUCAAGGACGACGUCUGCAACAGUAUGAUUGAAAUCGCAGACAAGAUUGUGUGUGACGAACUUGCUCAACGACACCGGCACUCACAUCCGAUCUCGUACGACUUCUCCCCCAAAGUUGGUAACGGGAUCAAAGACGCAGCGAACAUGUGGAUUGUCACUGCCCGGGAAGGCAACCCUGUUGCUCAGCGAGAGCUGGCAAUCCUGUACCUUACUCACCCACACCUCCUCCGCCCCGUCACACUCCCUCUCACUAAGCCCGGGGACACUUUCAAAGCCGAGGUGAUGUACCGGCGAGACCAAGAUUCCAAGUCUGACCCCCAGAAUAUGUGCCUGGCUCUGCACUGGAUGCAGCUAUCGGCCGCUGGAGGCGAUGAACUGGCCAAGAACUGGCUCAAGGAACGGCAGGAGUUUGAAUCUAUCUCUUGA